AUGAGAAGUGUCGUCUUUUCGGCUUUGUUCGUCGUUGGAUUUGCCCAAUUUCCGCAACAAAUCGCGGAUCCGCAUGAUGUCGGGGAAGUGCUUGUGAAUCCCGGACAAAUCGAUUUAGGCUCACCUCCUCAAGCGUGCAACGUGAACGAGCAAUGGGUUGGCUUGUGCGCGUCGAGCUGUGAAGCCACUUGUGACAAUCAAAAACCCAUGUUCUGUACAGUGAACUGUCAAAACGGAUGUCAAUGUCUUCCGGGAUUGGUGCGUAAAGCCGAUGGGACGUGUGAUACGGCUGAGAACUGUCCUCCUAUGGCAACACCAUCAAUCACGUGCGCCAUCAACGAGCAAUGGAUGAACUGCGGAUCUCAAUGUGAGCCCUCUUGCGACAAUCCAGUUCCACAGGUUUGCACAACCGGCUGCUUCCAAGGAUGCCAAUGCCAACAAGGAUUCUUCCGACAACCCGAUGGAACUUGUGAUAUCCUUCAGCAAUGCCCAGGAAUGAUGGAUGGAGGAGAUAUGGGUGGAGAUAUGGGUGGAGAUGAU